AUGUCAGCAGAACAAAACACUCCGUCCGAAGAACUCUUCUUCGGAACACCAUCUGACGUUCUCGUCCCUUACACCCGUUCCAUCACCCCUUGUUUGGAUGGAGAAAAGGAUGACGAAUACAUCGAUGACAUCGACAAGAGUUCGAAGCAGAACCCGUUCACGAGCAAGGAUUCAAAGAAACGCCCUGCUGCAGAUGAAGUCCUCCCUGCCAAGCGCCAAAAGAGAUUCAAAAUGGGUACCAACAUCAAGGGUGGCCAUGCUCCUUCGUUCAAGCCCAUCACUGUUGAUCUUGAUGAGGAAGAUCAAAUGAUUGUCGACAUGAAGCAGCAGGGUUACAAAGAUGAUGCUAUCCGUGACCGUCUUAUCGAGAAGGGCUUCACCUGCUACGAGGCUAGAAGUGUCGCCUGCCGCUGGAUGCGUAUCCGAAAGAAGACACAAGAGUACGAGGAGAAGUUGCUCGACGAGGAGCUGACCGACUGGCAUCUUGGAGAGAAAUAUCGAGUCGAACUGGAAAAGCUCGAACAAAAGCGCUGGACUUGGACAGCUCAAAAUCUCAACAAGCGUCUUCCUCGUGAGCGCUUCUCCGCCAAGGCUUGCCGACAGCGUCAUGAAGCACGCCGUGAUGGCACUGCCCGAUGCCCUCCAGAGAUUGAUCCCAAUCCGGAGGCCCGUCAACGUGAACGUGAGGAGCGUAUCGCCGCCUACAAACUGCGCAAGGAGGAAGAAGCAAAGCGCGAUGCCGUCGAAGCUGAGGAGAAGAAGCGUGCAAAGAAAGACAACACUAGCCAGAAAAUUGCUGCUCGUCAGCGUAAGGAGGCUCAGUUUGCGCUCCGAGCCCAGAAGAAGAAGGAUGCAGCCGAGUACCGCCAGUCUCUAGCUGAAGCAGUCACUCUCGCAAAACAGCGCAAGCAAAAUGCGCUCGAUGCCGCCCGCGAGGAGCGCAUGUACAACGAGAGAAAGCACAGAUUCUCCAACCGUCUCCACAAGCAGCUGAAGAAGGAAGUGGCUGCUCUGCAGAGAAAGAAGGAGAGGAACAACGGCGUCACUCCCGAGCCUGAAGAGACUGAGGUUGUUCAUCCACCCAGGAGCAGAUACGCCUACAAGAAUACUGCCGACCAGAUUCGCAACGAGAACGUCAGUGCUACCGAGGCUGCUAUCAAUGCUCGUUCUCACGAAUUCACCGGUGUUGUGGAGCCUGUAGCUACAGCCACGGUCGAGACUCAACCUAUGCCUAUCACCAAGCUAUCUGGUCCCAGCAGGAGUGCAUCUCAGCAGCCUGCCAUCGCCGCUGACGGUUUCUCUGAAGAACCCCGUAACUGGUGCACUAUCGACGAGUUGCACAACAUCCUGCGUGCACGCGGCAUGCUUCUCAAUCGCAUGAAGGAGAACAAGAAUAUCAUCAUCUCCCGCUUGAACAACGAGGACAAGACUACCAGUAUCGAGCAGCUCAGAGAUCUGCUAAAGGCGCGCCACGAAGACUCGGCCGGCACGAAGGCUGAGUUGAUGAGACGUUUGGCUACAUCUGACGCGAAGUCUUCCAGAAAGUACCAGAACCUGCGUACAAACCGCCCACUUGACGAGAACGGCAACCGAGUCAAAGUCAAGAUGCCAGCCAAGCCAGCUGUGCCAAAGUCUGCCUCCCGCUACAAUGCUCGCGAUGUCACGAUCAAGGACGGUAAAGCCGAAGACGAUGAAGAGCCUGGCCUUAUCAACAAUGUCACUGAGGACGACAUGAAGGACAUCGUGAGUAGCUUGCUUUCAGGACCUUAG